GCAUUAACACAUCCCCUCUCUCUCUCUCUCUCUCUCUCUCUCAGCUCAUCAGACACUGUUAUUUUUUUAGAGAGAGAGACACACACACUCACUCUCAUACUCGCACUCGGAGAGUCCCAUCUUCUCGGCGCCCUUAUGUUAAAAAACCCUAACCCGAUACUUUCUCUCCGUUUUCCCCCAGAUUUCUGCCUCAUAUCCUUCUCUUUUUCCCUUCCUUAAUUCCUAGAAGAUGCCGCCUCGGGAUCAAUCUCCGGCCAACAAUCUCCGCCGCCUCGACCCCAAAAUCUGGCGCGCCUGCGCUGGAAACUCCGUUCAGAUCCCCAUCGUCCAUUCUAGGGUUUACUACUUCCCCCAGGGCCAUGUUGAGCAGUCUUCAUCUCGUCCCACCUUCCUCUCCCCUCUCGUCCUCUCCAAGCCUCUCAUUCCCUGUCAGAUUUCCGCCGUCGAGUUUCUCGCUGAUCCGAUCACCGACGAGGUGUUCGCGAAACUCCUCCUCCAGCCUUUUAACGCCCAGCUUUCCUCCUCCUUUCUCGACUCCUCUCGGUUUAACCAGCCCGAUCGAAACGAAGGCGCGGGAGAACCAGAUAAGCUCGUCUCCUUCUCGAAGAUUCUCACACCGUCCGAUGCCAAUAACGGCGGAGGUUUCUCCGUCCCGAGGUUCUGUGCCGACUCGAUCUUCCCGCCGCUCAACUACCAAGCCGAGCCUCCGGUCCAGAACUUGUCCGUUACCGACGUUCACGGCGUGGUCUGGGACUUUCGGCACAUUUAUCGUGGUACGCCGAGGCGCCACUUGCUCACUACUGGUUGGAGCAAGUUUGUGAACCACAAGAAGCUGGUUGCAGGCGAUUCCGUGGUGUUCAUGAGGAACUCUAGGGGCCAGAUGUUUAUCGGGGUCCGCCGCGCAGUGCGUUCAAGCAAUGCAGAUUGCGGCGGCAGGUGGAGCUUGCAGAUCGCAGAAGCAACGAAAGGGACGCCGGAUGAUGAUAAUGCCUCUGGAAGAGAGGGAUUCUCGAGGAGCGGGAGGGUUAGGCUAUCUGCGGAGGCGGUGGCGGAGGCCGCGGAGUUGGCAGCGCAGGAGAUGCCCUUUGAGGUAGUGUAUUAUCCGAAGGCAGGGUGGUCAGACUUUGUGGUAAAGGCGGAGGUGGUGGAAGAAGCGCUGAAUAUGUUUUGGACCGCCGGAAUGAGAGUGAAGAUGGCAAUGGAGACUGAGGAUUCAUCGAGGAUGACGUGGUUUCAGGGAACUGUUUCUUCCGCUUCCGUCCCGGACAGCGGGCCUUGGCGGGGCUCUCCCUGGCGCAUGCUUCAGGUCACAUGGGAUGAACCUGGAGUUCUGCAGAAUGCCAAGGGAGUGAGUCCUUGGCAAGUUGAACAUGUUUCGCCAGUAUCACCACUCCAUACUACAUUUCCUCCCGCAAAGAAAUGCAGAGCCCUGCAGAAUUCUGGGCUGCUGACUGAUGGAGAGGGGGACCUUUUCUUUCCCAUCACAGGAUUUACUAAUUCAACAAUGGGGCACAUGAACCAACCAUUGUUGAAUUAUAACUCUUACUCUUUUCCUGCUGGCAUGCAGGGAGCCAGGCAAAAUCUAUUCACCAAAUCUACUUUAUCCAACGUCUUAAGUGAAAACAAUAUGUUGGUCGAUAAUUCCUAUGGCAACAGCAUGGUGCCAAAGCUGAGUACUGUUUCUACCGAGCUGAAUAUUGGAAGUUCACAGUCUGAAAACUUAUCACCACAUAGCCAGAGCAGUGUGCAUUCAUUUGGCACAGAAUUGAUUGGAACCCAGUGCUGUAGCUCAACAAAAGUUGGUGGUAGUUGCUUUCAGUUGUUUGGUAAGAUCAUUCAUAUAAAGCAACCGGUUGAAAGUGGUUUUGAUGAUGUUAAUAGUACAGAAGAUGAUAGCAUCAAAGCUUACAAUGAAACUGAAGGCAUAAACAACCCACAGGAUCUUUCUUCGACUUACACAAAACUGCUUGACAGGCUUGAUGUCCAAUGUAAUAGAGCCUCUGUUUUUGAGGCAUGUACUUUGUGAACUAGUGAUUGCGUCUAUGUCAUGCUGAUAAGUAGCUGUACAGGAAGUAUAUGUGAAGCCUUCAUGGGGGUUUGUACUGUCGCAUACAUCAGUGGUACUUAAGGCAGGGCAGGCAGGAAGCUGCUCUACUAAUUGACCCUUGCAGUAGUUACUUUGUUAGGGUGGUUUGUUUUAGUUUGCCAUUUUGGAAACUUGAAACUAUUGCAAACUUGGCUUUGGAUGUUUGAAUCAAGUGCUGAUGGCGAACUAAGAUGUGAUUUGACAUUUUUCAGAUUGUGGUGUUUUUGCUUUGUUUAGGGUUCUUUGGUCUUAUUUGCUUGUGAAUGGCUAGGGCAUUCCAAAAUGGUGUGCUUAAUUGGUCAUGCAAGCGUUCUAGUUAUAAUGGCUGUAGAAAUUCUAUGUUGCUUA